AUGGACCAAAAGAAAAGACUGGAGAAAGACGCUAUUGGUGAGAUAUAUGUCCCCGCUGACCGUUAUUGGGGCGCACAGACACAGAGGUCCCUCCAGAACUUCGACAUCGGAGGCCCAACCGAAAGAAUGCCGGAACCAUUAAUCAAGGCGUUUGGAUAUCUCAAAAAGGCUGCUGCGAGUGUGAAUCUUGAUCAUGGUCUAAAGAAAGAAAUCGGAGAAUCCAUUAUAGCCGCUGCUGAUGAGGUUAUCUCUGGAAAGCUGAUGGGUCACUUUCCAUUAGUAGUGUGGCAGACUGGGUCUGGUACUCAGACCAACAUGAAUGUCAAUGAGGUCAUUUCGAAUCGUGCUUUAGAACUUCUUGGUAAACCGCUUGGCAGUAAAGAUCCUGUUCAUCCUAAUGAUCACGUUAACAUGGCGCAAUCGUCGAAUGAUUCUUUCCCAACAGCAAUGCAUAUUUCCGCUGCAUUAGAAAUAAAUCAGAAAUUACUCCCAGCCAUGGACAAAUUGAGGAACGCCUUAGAUUCGAAGGCAAAGGAAUUCAAAGACAUUGUAAAAAUUGGAAGGACUCAUUUACAAGAUGCGACCCCGCUGACUCUUGGAAAUGAGUUCUCUGGAUAUGCACAACAAAUGGCUUACGGAAUAGAAAGAAUAGAGUCAUCCUUGCCAAGAUUGUAUAACCUUGCUCAGGGAGGAACUGCUGUUGGAACUGGUAUAAAUACAUACAAGGGAUUUGAUGUUGAGGUUGCAAAGGAAAUAUCAAAGCUUACUGGAUUGCCAUUUAAAACUGCACCAAACAAAUUUGAAGCCUUAGCAGCGCAUGAUGCUAUAGUUGAAACCAGUGGAGCUCUGAACACAGUUGCUGUGUCUUUGAUGAAGAUAGCAAAUGACAUACGAUUACUCGGCUCCGGUCCUAGAUGUGGUAUUGGUGAGAUUCUAUUGCCCGCCAACGAGCCGGGAUCGUCAAUCAUGCCUGGGAAGGUUAAUCCUACCCAAUGCGAGGCAAUGACAAUGGUUGCUGCUCAAGUCAUGGGCAAUCACACCGCCAUCUCCAUUGCAGGAUCCAACGGGCAUUUUGAGUUGAACGUAUUUAAACCAGUGUUAAUUAGUAAUCUCCUCCGAUCGAUAAGACUCAUUGGAGAUGCAUGCGUUUCAUUCACCAACAACUGCGUUACAGGCAUCCAGGCCGAUGAAGAGAGGAUUGACUUAUUGAUGAAUCAAAGUCUUAUGCUUGUGACAGCAUUGAAUCCUCAUAUUGGUUACGAUAAGGCAUCGCUAAUAGCCAAGACAGCUUAUAAGGAGAAAACGACGCUUAAAGAGGCAGCUAUCAAAUUGAAAGUUCUUACAAGCGAACAGUUUGAUCAAUGGGUUCGACCUCAGAACAUGUUAGGGCCUAAAUGA